AAGUUCCACCACUUGGUCUCCCCCUUUGUGGGGCAGCAGGUGGUCAAGACAGGGGGCAGCAGUAAGAAGCUAAACCCUGCCAGCUUUCAGUCCCUGUGGCUCCUAGACAACCAGGUUAUAAAACCAUUCUUGGUUAGAACUGAAAGAGGUCUUCUAGAGCUUCAUGUAUAUUUUCAAUGUUUGGAGAUGGGGGCUCAGAGAGGUAGAACUCUCAACUCAAGUUGACAUAGCUACCUGGAAGCCAGGUCCCCUGACUUCCAGGUCUGUGCUCCUCCCACGGGAGCCUUUGGACUCUUUGACCAGAUGCUACACUGCAAGGUUUGCAGGGGCAGGAUUAUAUCCUUUCACCUCUGGAUCACUAGCACUUAGCCUGUGCCCGCCACAGAACUAGCUCUCCGAGAAUAUAUAUGGAAUGGCUGAGUGGACUGAAGAAUGUGUGGAAAAGGAAAUCUCGAGACGGAACUGGGAGCCAGUUUCCUAGAAAACCAAGGUAGAAAUUGGGUGUUGUGGAAGCCUGAGAACCCUGCGGGACAUGGCCUUGGGGAACAGCCUGGCAUGUGGGUGGUCCAUGGAAAGAAAUUAUUCCUUAGAUUUGAUCCAGAUGAAGAACUUGGGUCCCUUGGCAACAACUCACUACCGGAGCCUCUGCAGGAAGGAGAGAAGAAGGAAGAGGCUGAGGACCAAAAGCAGGCCUUGAAGCCCAGCAGCCGGGAAAUCAACCGGUCCUCUCAGUCCCUGGAGUGUGUUGUUCCCAGUGGAGACAACGGUUUGGAGUGUUUGCGGGGAGACACUCCCGCAGAAGGUGCUGAGAGGUGGCUGCAGGUCAGCUUUGGUUUAUUUGGCAGCAUUUGGAUGAAUGAGUUCUCCAGAGCGAAGAAAGCAAACAAGAGGGGUGACUGGAGGGACCCCAUUCCAAGGUUGGUCCUGUACUUUGGCGGUGGCGGCUUCCUGGCAUUUUAUAAUUGUCAGAUGGCUUGGAGCCCUUCCCCGGUGGUCAUACCUGCUUCUGACAUCUUGUCCGAAAAGUUCCAUCGAGCACGAGCCUUGGAAGCUCUGAGUCAGGAGCAGCCUGUCUGCUAUACACUGCUGGACCAAAGAUACUUCUCUGGUUUAGGGAACAUCAUUAAGAACGAAGCCUUGUACAGAGCUGGGAUCCAUCCCCUUUCUCUUGGUUCCCUCCUCAGUCCUCCGCAUCUGGAGGCCCUGGUGGAUCACGUGGUGGAGUUCAGUGCCGACUGGCUUCGGGGCAAGUUCCAGGGCAAACAGCAGCACACGCAAGUCUACCAGAAGGAGCAGUGCCCCGUCGGGCACCAGGUUAUGAAAGAGGCAUUUGGGCCUCCAGGCGGCUUCCAGAGGCUCACCUGGUGGUGCCCGCAGUGCCAGCCCAGGCUGCCACCUGAUGAGCAAGAGCAGGGCCGGCUCUCCUAAGGCUCUCUAGCCCCUUCUUCAUAACACUUUGCCCUGCAGGGGCUGAUUCCUGAGUGUCAGGAAAACGGGCACUGUCAGUAUUUGGGACUGGGCACAGGAAGUAGAGGGCAGCGUGGGUCGGGGUGGGGGGCGGGUGUCAGUACCAUUGCUGUCCAUCUCUCUGGUGUUCUAAGGCACUUUCUACAGGGUUAGAUUUUUUUCUUUUCUCUAGUUUUGGUUAAUUCUUCUUAUCUAAUUCUGCCAUUGUGAAAGAUGAGAAAACUCAUGACAACGGUAAAGGGAGAAACCUCCCAGUGGGGGAUUGAAAGUGAUAGCAUAUGGAGAGCAGCUAUGCCUCCACAUUGCUUUGCAGGCCUUUGGUUUUGUUUUUGAAAGCUUGGUUGGUUUUCAGGCCUUCCAUUUGGAAAAAGGAGUUGUCUCUCUUUGUUCCCCUAGAGGGAUCCAGGGAUGAGGCUGCAGUAGCACAUGAGGGUAGUGACCCACCUGGAUCCUUUCCUGUGGGAUGGAGACCCCAAGAGAAGGGUGGGAGGAAGAGAGGGACCGGGAAAUGGCCACCUUCCUGCCAUGCCCAGUGGGCUUAAGAGAAAAGCUGCUUAUUUCCUCCUUAAGGUGUUGAUAUGUUGAACAGUGCAGGAAUCGAGGAUCGUAGAGACAUGUUGUCAGGCUGUUAGCAACAUGUCCAAGAAACGAGGACAGUGACGUGAAAAUAAAGCUCUUUGUUCUUUUC